GGUUUGGCGGGGUCGUUUUCUUUCAUCGACGUGCAUGUGAUUGAUUAUUCGAGCGCUUUGUUUGUAAGGCUAGUCCGGACAAACCUCCGAGUUCUGGCUUUCUUUCCCUCUGCAUAGACAGAUGUCAAGAUGAUAGAUCAUGUUCUGGGUCGCCCCUCGGUGAAAUUCCGCAAAAUACAGGUGCUGGCAGUGGUCUCUUUCUGGUCUUUCUACCUCUUCAGAGGUCAUAAACAUGGUCCACCAUACCUGCGAAAGGUAUCUCGACGCCUCUCCUCCAUCCUCACUCCAUGGCAGACGGUCGUAAUCACUCUCCUCUAUCUCUACAUUGCGCGGAAUUUAGGAAAAUUGGUUGGUCUUGAAUGUCCGGAGCCACUUGCGAAUCUCUACACUCGAUCCUACUUCCGAGCAACAUGGAUUACGACAGCCAUGGAUGCAGGGUUCUGGACCGCCAUGCGCAUACGGAGGAAAUGGAUGCGGGAUCUCUGCAGUAUCGUCUUCACGGUCUACUACCUCAUUGCGGCAGAGCAAGCAGAUGAGAAGGUCAGAAAAGUUAGGGGCAUGGUGACAGUGGAUCAUCUGCGUGUUAGUUGGAAUAAGGGAACGACUCCGUACCUCAACUUCUUUACGACUCUGAUGCGACCACGAUUUAUGAGAUAUCCUCCGAGGCAGAUACGAAUACCAAGACCGUCGAAUAGUGAUUAUAAGGAGCCUGUCAAUGCGUGGUUGUACUUUGAUGGGCCGGUUUCUGCACUGAAGAAUCAUACCAAAGUGGUGUUGGAUGUACCUGGUGGUGGAUUUGUGGCAAUGGAUCCAAGAACGAACGAUGACAAGUUAUUUGCAUGGGCUGGAAAGACCGGUUUGCCAGUGUUGAGUCUGGAUUACCGAAAGGCACCAGAAUUUCCAUAUCCUUACGCUCUAAACGAGUGUUUCGAUGUCUACAGCACAAUCAUGACAAGUCGAGGUCGAUGUUUAGGAUUUUCUGGAGAUGCUGUACCGAAGAUCGUGAUCACAGGUGACAGUGCAGGUGGGAAUCUUGCAACUGCUCUCACUUUGAUGAUUGUCGAAUCCGGCACAACCGAAACCAGACAAUUCCUGGGUCAAAAGUCCCUACCCAUCCCAGACGGUCUGGUUCUGAUAUAUCCUGGCCUGGAUAUGAACAUUGGAAACUGGAUGUCCGACGAACAAAUGUCCUUGAUCAAAGACCGCAGAAUGCGAAAAACGAAUCGGACAUUCAUUCGUCAGAAGAGCAUGCAAUACACCAUGGCAGCAGGAACACCACACCAUUCCGACGAAGAAGAAAAUACUCCUCCCAAAAUCGCUUCCCCUCCCAUAGUCACCAGUCCCGAAGCCGUACGCCCAACAUCCAUCACCCUCCCCUCCCCUCAAUUCUCCACCGCAGCACCAACACUCCUCUCCCCAAGCAUAGGUCGAAAACCCUCAAUCACCCCUUCACCAUCAGCAUCGCACCACCCAGAACCACUCCAAACACGCCUCGCAAUGUCCAGCAUGAUCUCGUAUUUCAACGAUCGGAUUCUCUCUCCCGAAAUGAUGCGCGCCAUGAUCAUCCUCUACAUAGGCCCACACAACCGUCCCGAUUUCUCCCAAGAUUACCUCCUCUCCCCCAUCCUGGCCCCCGAUUCCCUCCUCGAGAAGUUCCCCAAAACGUAUUUCUUAACAGGAGAACGCGAUCCUUUAGUCGACGACACAGUUAUCUUCGCCGGCCGCAUACGGCGCGCAAAAGCGCAACGGCACGCGAGGGAACAGGCUCGAGAUAUUAGACUCCAGAAGGAAUUCGAUGAUAGGGAUGUCGUGGAAGUAGCGUUGAUCCCGGGGAUUAGCCAUGGAUUCUUACAAUUCGUAGGUAUUUUCCCAGAAGGAUGGAAACACAUCCAUAGAUGUGGCCGCUGGAUCGAACAUAUUUUCGCCGUGGCAGAAGAAAGGGAACUUCAAUCUGGGGCCCUGACUCCUGGAGCUGGAGGUAGUCAUCAUAAUAGGAGGAGGACGGGAGAGAGUUCGGGAGACGAGGAUCAGGGGUUGGAGAUGACGAUGGUUUCUCCGAAAGGGAAAGCGAAGGAGAAGGAUAGGAAAGAGGAGAGGAAGAGGAAAGAGGCGCUGUUAAGGGAGCAGUUGAGGGAGAAGGAGAGGAGGAGGGGAGAGAGGUUGCAGAGGAAGAAGAGUAUGGUUAGCCUUGCUAGCUCGGAUGAUUUGCUUGGGAGACGAAUGUUAGGUCUCGCGGGUCCGUUGACCGGGAGCGGGGCCGGGGACGAUGAGUUGUGAGGAAGUGGCUUAACUGGGACAGCGUUGGCGUAGGGGAAGCGGAUUUGGAACAUUCUGGGAUAGCACAUCAACUACAAACACAGUGCAAGUUUUGCUAAAGCAAGGAAUGAUUCACACUGCGUCCCUUCACGACGGCCCAUUGAUGGAAGUCUUCCACUAUCAUCCUUAAAUCCCUUGCAUAGCUACCCAAGCUACCACUUUUCUCUACCUAUUCUAUUGUCCUCC